AUGGCAGGAGAACAACCGGUUAAUACAGGGAUUGUUCAAGUACUAGAAAACAACAAUACCUCGUUUCAAGUCCCACGAUUGACGUCAAAGAAUUACAACACUUGGACUAUCUUGAUGGAGUCGGUAUUAGACGCUCAAGGACUUUGGGAGGUGAUUGAUCCGGUAAUAGGUGAUGCCGUGGAUGAGAAGAAAAACAAAGUUGCUAGGGCGGUUAUUUUUCAAGCGCUACCGGAAGACAUACUUUUACAAGUUGCUAAAAACCGAAGUGCGAAAGAUAUUUGGGAAGCUUUACGAGUAAGAUUUCUUGGCGCUGACAGGGUUCAAAAGGCUCGAUUGGCUUCGUUAAGGAGAGAAUUCGAGCAGCUUCGAAUGAAAGAGACAGAUUCUAUAGAAAACUUUGCUGGAAAGAUAAGCGGAUUUGUUUCAAGAUAUAGCAGUCUUGGGUCAAGUCUUGAUGAUGAAGCAAUAUAUUCGGAUAUCGAGAGCAUGCCAUUUGAAGAAGCAAUAGGCAGGUUGAAGGCAUGUGAGGAACGAAUCAAAGAGCAAGACGAGACUAGUGAUAAUGAUCAAAGUAAGGUAUUAUUAUCUAAAACUGAUGGUCAAACUUCUAAUACCAGUGGACAAGACUCUAAAACCGAUGGUCAAGAGAAGAAUGAAGAGUCUGGUUGUAAGUGUUGUGGACGAGGAUGGUCAAGCCAAAGUGAUCGUGGAAGAGGUCGUGGUCGUGGUCGAGGAGGACGAUACCAAAGGGAUAAAAGGUUUAUCGUAUGUUAUAAUUGUCAAGAUAAAGGUCAUUAUGCAAGUGAAUGUCCUAAGAAGGAGUCAAAGGAAGAAGUAGCAAACUUGGUCGAAGAGUAUGAUCCGUCACUAUUUUGA